ACAGCUGUCAGUAAGAGGAACAGUAACGCUGCGACUAAAUGUGUCCUGGCGUAGAUGAACUUUAGUCAAGGUGGCUGGCGUUAACUUUUCGUAUGCCACACACUUUAAGGAUUUUAAUUUGGAUCACUUCAUGGCCAAAGACAAUCCUGCGGUUUUCCUGAUUUUCAAAGCGCCGGUGCAGACUCCGUUCGGGGCUGAAGUGCCACCCAUCUCCCUGCCUCUCUGAACCUGGAAGAGCAACGCCGCCUUGUGACGAGCAUCCAACAUGACAGGCAUCUGCUGAUGGCUACAUUCCUUGAACCUCAAGCCCACUGACUGAAUGGCUGUCCCACAGUGCCCCUCUCUCCCUGCCUCUCUCCACCCUCCCCUCUCUCUGUCUCCCUGUCCCUCUCACCCAGGGAGAGACUUAGGGUGGAUAGUGAGGUCCAUUGUGUCAGUGAGAUGUUUAUUAAUGAGAGAGGCGCACGCAGAGAGCAGAGCUCCUAUUGAAGGACUAAUCGUUAAUCUCUUUGUUAAUACGUUCAAUCUGCCUAUGUAGCAACACGAAUUACUAAGAAGACUCAAGACGGGGACAUACGAGAUGCUGAUCAGCAGAAACUGAGAGAAUUUGGGAAUUUGUUCCAGUUUGAAACUUUACACAGAAGUUGGAGUUGGCUUUUCUGUUCAGGCUUGACUGAUGGAAAAUGUACCCUUGCAUGUGUCUAAUGUUUAUUGCAGCUCAACUGAGAAGUUGUGGAUGCAUGUGAGUGAGUACAUUUUGGCAUUUAGCUCAUCUAUCAAGGAAUUGUGAAUUUGACAGCGGUCACAGUUUUUGUGAGUAUUGGUAGGCUUACUCUUCAAAGGUUUUUAGAAAAAAUAUAACUUUAUUUAUAUAAAUUAUAUAUAAGAGAGUUAGGCAUUUUGAGUCUGCUGCGUGUAGUGUUGCGUUUAGGUUUUCGGUUUGGAUUAAAAAGUUUUCUGUAUCUAUAAAAGGAGUAGUGUGUGUGCUUGUGGGCUGUUGUGUGUUUGUUUGCCUGCCAUGCCCUUGCCUGCGCCUGAUGUACCGGCCUCUCAGAGGCUGGCACUGGACUGCCGUACCCUUCUGGACCAUCGCAUUGGCAAGGGGGUUUGUGGUUGUUGCGGGGCGCUCAGGCCUCGGUACAAGAGACUGGUAGACAACAUCUUCCCAGAAGACCCGGAGGAUGGUCUGGUGAAGGCCAACAUGGAGAAGCUGACAUUCUACGCCCUGUCAGCUCCAGAGAAGCUCGACCGUAUCGGAGCCUACCUGUCUGAGAGAUUGUCAAGGGAUGUGGCCCGACACAGAUACGGGUAUGUGUGCAUAGCCAUGGAAGCGCUGGACCAGCUGCUGAUGGCUUGCCACUGUCAGAGCAUCAACCUGUUUGUGGAGUUUCUCAAGAUGGUGCGCAAGCUGCUAGAGUCAGACAAGCCCAGCCUGCAGAUCCUAGGAACCAACUCUUUUGUGAAGUUUGCAAACAUAGAAGAGGAUACACCAUCGUACCACCGCAGUUAUGACUUUUUUGUGUCGCGCUUCAGUGAGAUGUGCCACUCCAGCUACGAGGACCCUGACAUCCGCACCAAGAUCCGCAUGGCAGGUAUCAAGGGCCUGCAGGGCGUAGUGAGGAAGACUGUGAAUGAUGAGCUGCAGGCUAACAUCUGGGACCCUCAGCACAUGGACAAGAUCGUCCCCUCUCUGCUCUUCAACCUGCAGAGUGGAGAGCGCACUGAGAGCCGCUCCCCCUCUCCGCUGCAGGCGUCAGAGAAGGAGAAGGAAAGCCCGGUGGAGCUGACGGAGCGCUGCUUCAGGGAGCUGCUGGGACGAGCCGCCUAUGGCAACAUCAAGAAUGCCGUCACGCCCGUGCUGAUGCACUUAGAUAACCACUCUCUAUGGGAGGGGAAGACCUUCGCAGUGCGUUGCUUCAAAAUCAUCAUGUACUCCAUCCAGUCUCAGCACUCUCACUUGGUAAUCCAGCAGCUUCUCGGUCACCUGGAUGCCAACAGCAAGAAUUCAGCCACGGUGCGAGGUGGGAUAGUGGAAGUGUUGCUGGAGGCAGCCGCCAUUGCAGCCAGCGGCUCUGUAGGUCCUACUGUGUUGGAGGUGUUUAACACCCUGCUGCGGCAGCUCCGUCUGAGCGUGGACUACGAGUUGACCGGCUCCUAUGACGGCAGCACCAACAUCGGCACCAAGAUCAUCAAAGCUCACGAGGAGAGGCAGCUGCAGGAGGCUGUCAUCAGGACCAUCGGUUCAUUCGCCAACACUCUACCGACAUACCAGAGGUCAGAGGUCAUGCUCUUCAUCAUGGGCAAGAUCCCAGUCCCUGGUGUUCACCCAGCUCUCACCUCCACAGGCUCUGGGCCUGAGGUUACCAGGAUGAUCCAGGUUAUGUUACUCAAGUCCUUGGUCCAGGUGACAGCCGGUUUCCAGACCACCAACAUGCUGACGGCACUGCCCAGCUCUUUCCUGGAGCCGCUGCUGUCCUUCUCUCUAACAGAGGAUCAGGAGAUCCGGCUGCUGGUGCUCCAGAUCCUGCUCAGUCUCAUCGACCGGCACGACAACACGGCCAAGUUCUCCGACAUAAGCAUCAUCUCAGACAUCUCUGUGCUCAAGCUCAAAGUGGACAAGUGUUCCAGACAGGACAACCUAUUCAUGAAAAAGCACGGCCAGCAGCUCUACCGACACAUCUACUUGGGCUGUAAGGAGCAGAGCAGCGGUCGGCAGCACUACGAGUCCCUCUUCGCUCUGUUGGGUCUUCUCAGCGUGGAGCUGGCUAACGAAGAGGUGGUGGUGGACCUCAUUCGCCUGGCACUCGCCUUGCAGGACCUUGCUCUGUCCACCGACGAGGCUCUGCCUGUUUAUAACCGCUGUGCUGUUCAUGCCAUCGCCGCCGCCUACCUCAACCUCAUCUGCCAGCUCACCACCGUCCCAGCCUUCUGCCAGCACAUACACGAGGUAAUUGAGGGGAGACAGAAAGAAAGUACCUACCUUUUGCCUGAGGAUGUCUUCAUUGAUAAUCCCAAGCUUCCUUCUUCACUGGAGAAAGUAGAAGGGGAUGUUUUGUUCCUCCAAUCGAAGAUCACUGAGGUCCUCGGAGGUAGUGGUUACAACACAGAUAGACUGGCUACGCCUUAUGUCCCCCAGUAUACUGAUGAGGACCGUCUGUCCAAGAGAAAGAGUAUCGGAGAGACCAUCUCGCUGCAGGUGGAGGUGGAGUCCCGAAACAGUCCAGAGAAAGAGGAGAGGACACCAGCGGAGGAGAUCACAUUCGAAACCCUGAAAAAUGCAAUCGUGGACAGUGUUGGUAUGGAGGAGCAGGAGAGAGAGCGGAGGAGACAAGUGGUCGAGAAGUUCCAGAAGGCCCCCUUCGAGGAGAUAGCUGCACACUGUGGCGCCAGGGCGACUCUCCUGCAGAGCAAACUAAAUCAGAUCUUUGAGAUUACAAUCAGACCCCCACCCAGCCCAUCUGGAACCAUUUCGUCAGGUUACGGCCAAAGCCAGAGUCGAUCCGUACCCAUCUACGAGAUGAAGUUUCCUGACCUCUGUGUGUACUAGACCAGAGAGCGAAGUUACAGGACUAUUUAACAUUUGAUGACAGGAAAGGGAUUUCGGAGGGGCAACCGAUCCGCACUGUAACGGCGUCUUGAUCAUGGAAUCGCAACAACCAUAGGGGAUGGGGCGAAAACCACAGCCAACUCAAGAACAAGCCACUGCUUGAUUAACAUAGUCAUCUGAAAUUCUUUUGCCGUGUGAUCGCAGCCAAAACAAGCCAGCCAUUUAUGUGGAUAAAUGCGGCAGUAAAACAAACUUUUAUUUCAGUUAUUCCCCUCAGUUCUCCUUCGAUGUCUUUAGAAACUUCCUGUGGUUGGAUUUUAAAAUUAGAAAUGGCCAAGAACUGAGGGGGGGG